UCCCUUUCUUGUUACACUUGUACACUGAAACAUAUGUUGUCGUGACGUGACCGGCAUGUUCGGCAUGCUCGCGCAGCGGUCUGGUCGUGUUUAAGGUGCGCGGAGAUGUUCCUCAAUCGUAUUUACUUGUAAUUUCGCAUUUCACUUUCUCUGCUUUCUCGCGAUCGGCAAGAUGGUCAACGUGGUGCGUACAAUAAACGAUGAAGAUCUGCACGCACAGAUCAACGACAUUGUUUCUCAUGCUGCCAAUUCUGCGUUCUUGCGCGGCGACAGGCUUUUCCGAAUCGGAGUAUCAGGAGGCUCAAUGGUAGAUGUGUUAGCAACAUGCUUGCCAAAGAUCACAACUGACUGGAGCAAAUGGCGUAUCUUUUUCUGCGAUGAACGGAUCGUGGAGCCAAAUGACCAGCAGUCCAAUUUGGCACUCUACAAGAGCAACUUCAUCGGCAAAGUGCCAGUUACUGAGGAACAGUUUAUACAAGUCGAUCCCAAACUUUCUGCUGAAGACGCGGCGACGGAUUACAUUAAAAAGAUUUCGUCGUUCUUCCCACCGGACAGAUUUCCUCAGUUCGAUUGCUUGCUACUAGGCGUGGGGCCUGAUGGACAUACAUGCUCGUUGUUUCCGAACCACACGCGCGCUCUUGAAGAGAUAAAUAUGUGGGUCACCUGGGAGAUGGAUGCGCCUAAACCGCCGUCUUGUAGAAUCAGCCUCACCCUACCGGUCAUUAACAAUGCCCGCUUAUGCGCUUUCAUCGUUACCGGCUCUUCCAAAGCCGACAUUGUGAAGAGGAUAUUAGAGGUCAAGGAGGAUCUACCGGCUACCAGGGUACAACCGACCGACGGUCUUCUCUAUUGGCUGCUAGAUAAAGACGCUGGCAGUUUGCUUGACAGCACACCGCAAUCUGAGACUGAUAGCACGACCAACGAAAGCACAGUACCUGAAAAACUUUAAGCAGACAUCUGUAGUUUUGGAGUGGUUGGAGAACAAAAGAUUUUAUGACACUUUAUAUCUAAGUCAUCUAAAGACAUUUUAUCACGAUUCUUAAUACAUUCCGAACUAUUCGUUAGUAACUAACGUAAAUAUUGUACACAUGCAGUCGGAUAUAUCGUAAUACCAGAAAAUGGUCUACCGAGUCUUAACUAUUAAAGCAAAAAUUAAUAUUUGUAUUACUGUGGAAUUUAAUAUAUGAUUAAAUCAACAUUUUCUAAAGAACUAA